AUGUCAACUGUGGACGAGAGACAAGAAGGUCCGAUACUACAGGAAUUAUUAAAACAUAUAAAAUCGGAGUCGAAAUGUGGCAUUUCGUCGUGUUUGGUACGUCUUAAAAACGAUUCGAAGUGCUAUAAGCAAUUCGCCAAAGAUGGUGGACUAGGCAUUUUAGUAAAUUUACUUCACUAUCAUAAUGUGAAAAUAUUGAACAUGACACUGAGUAUUCUAGCAAAUGCUUGCAUGAAUCCAGAUGCCAGAGAAAAGGUCAAAGGAUCUAAAAUAGCAAAUCGUGUAGUUUCUAUAUUAAAGCAUAUCAAGUUAGGAAAUACUCUACACUGCCGUGCUUGUAGACUGAUUGGAAAUUUAUCAGAGUGUGAAUGGCAUGCAAAAUCAUUAUGUGAAGCUGGAGUCAUUCAAGCUUUAGUUGAUUGUUUACAAUUAGACACAAAUAUGCAAACUUAUUUAAUGGGUGUUAGGGCUAUAAGAAAUAUUUGGAGAACACAUGAAGGUAGUACAGAAGAAAUUUUAGAAUCUGGAAUAAUAUGUAGAAUUACAGGUUUAUUAGUAUCAGCAAAAGAAAAAUCAGAAACAAAUACAAAGUAUUUGGAAUUGAUAGAAACCUGUUUAAAAGCUGCAUGUGCUUUUUUGGCUACACUAGAUCCUCGAGUUGGGGAACAAAUGAGAGGAGAAAAAGAUAUACAAGGCUACAAGUGUAUUAUCCAAUGCUGUGAUAUGAAUAAUAAAAUUGCAAUUAAGUGUCUGUAUAAUCUUUGCCAAAUUGCAGAAUGUCGUCCUAUUUUGGGAAAUUCUGGUGCUAUUGAAAUUCUUAUUGUUCUCAUCAAAGACAGAUCAGAAUUGUCGAAGGAGAUAUUAGUCAGUUUAUGCCUAUUUUGUAGAGAAGCUGUGAAUCGUGCAAGGGUUCGAAUGGGAUCUGGCUUAGAAUUAAUGUUAUCCUUAUUGAAAGAUCCCUCAGAUGAAAAAUAUCAUCCUAUGCUAUUACAUGCUCUAGCACAAUUUGUUUAUGAUGACCCAAGCAUUGUGAUAAUGAUAAAAAAUGGUUUGCUUGAUGUUUUAGUUACCAGAUUAAAAAAAAUGGUAACUGAAACAAUAACUAACGACGAGAUUAUUGUUUCCAAGAAAAGAGGAAGUGAUUCUCCCCCUAGCAAACAAAAUGAAUUAAAAUACAAUAAGACUAGCUUAGGAAGAUUUAGUUCCGAUUAUUAUUGCGACGAUUGGAGCCCAGGUAGCGCUGCCAGCGUUUCAUCGUCACCUCCUAGUACACCACCCUUACCAUUUUAUGAUUCUAUCGAAAACGACGAAAAUACCGAGGAUAAUUACAGUCCAGUUUGUAGUGAUACAGAAUUUAUGGACAACGAAGAUGAACCUCAGACAGAGGUAGAAUCAUUAAAAAGUUGCAAAUCGAUAAUUAUAGAUGUAGAAGAAUCCCAGAAUUCAGAGAGGAGUAGCAAAUCGAACGUUUGCGAAUAUGCAAACGUAUGGACAUUAGUAUUACUGAGUCGACUGAGCCAUUCAAAUGACCCAAUUGAUCGAUUGGCUGAUCCUCCGACCAUUGAAGCUUUAUCAGCUUACAUUAGACACACUAAAAAUCCAAGGGCGUCUAGAAUCUUAACUAGAAUCAUAAGGAACGGAGCGUAUUUAAUUUCGUUACUAAAACAGGGCUUCGUAUUCAAAGCUCAAACAUUGUACGGUUCCGAACAAUACACAAGACAGUUAUGUGCCCUAGCAGAAACCGGUGGAGCAAUAGGUGAACUUACGUCUAUAUUGCUUCGUGGGGAGGAUACUCACAAACAAGUUAUCGCAGUUUCGAUACCAUUCCUAAUUAAAUCACGAUACAUUCUUAAAUCACUGCUAAACAAUCACGGCGGUCUUCGAUUAAUAUUUAACGUUCUUUCCGAUCAACAACACACUCUUUAUGAGAAUGCUAUUUGGUCGAUCUGUCGACUAGCGAAUACGCUGGAAAUUCAACCUGAGAUCAUGGAAAAGUGUCAAAUUACAGAUACAGCUUCGACUGAUUUUCCAAGAGUAUACGAUAAUCAUCCGAAACCUGCAACAGUGACAUUCGAACUAGACGAUGGUACGACCGUUGACGCUUGUAGGCAAACGUUAUGUCAGAAGUCAGACGCCUUUUCUGCCAUGCUCGAGGGAAACUUUUCGGAGUCGGGAAAGAAACGCGUUAAACUACGAAAUACGUCAAAGGAAGGUCUUAACACAUUGUUAUUAGCCGCAAAUGGAGCGACAUUUGAAACCAGAACCAUCGAGUCUUUGUUGGAUGCUGUGCUGUUGGCUGACAAAUUCCUUAUGGCUGACAUAUCGGAUAUUCUAACAGAAAGUUCCAUCUCUAAGUUGAAUUACAAGAAUUUCAGCAGGGCUUGGAACUGGGCGAAAGCAAAUUCUUGCCAUGAACUGAAAUCCUGCUGCGUGAAAAGUUUUCUCACAGCCUCGAUGACAAGGUCUGAAAGAGUCCAGGCAUUUCAGGAUUUUUCUACCAGCGGAAACUUUCACGAGUUUCUGGAUGAUAUGAAGGAAAUCAUUAACAAUGUUUUGUGCCAACGUUAACGAUGAAUUCAUUCUUUAUGAUUGUGAUAUUUAAUAGCGGCGUAACGUAAGCGAAUGUUCGAUCAU